AUGCACAUCAAAGACAAACUAGCACAAAAUGAGGCUGCCGAAAGGAUUGGCAUCUCCUUCGAGUUUUUCCCUCCGAAGACGGCACAGGGUGUGCAGAACCUGUACGACAGAAUGGACCGCAUGCACUCAUUGGGCCCAUCCUUCAUCGAUGUCACCUGGGGCGCCGGUGGACGACUCUCGGAUUUGACCUGUGAGAUGGUCAAUGUCGCGCAAUCGGUAUACGGGUUGGAAACAUGCAUGCACCUCACCUGCACAGACAUGCCUCAGGAAAGGGUUGACGCCGCGCUUCAGGCUGCCUACAAGGCAGGCUGCACCAACAUUCUGGCUCUACGUGGAGAUCCGCCCCGUGAAAAGGAAGCGUGGGAAGCUACUGAGGGUGGUUUUCGCUACGCGAAGGAUCUGGUCAAGUACAUCAAGGAUAAAUACGGGAACCACUUCUGCAUCGGGGUCGGAGGCUACCCGGAGGGUGCUGAUGACAAUCCAGAUGUCGAUCUCUUGAUCGACCAUUUGAAGGAGAAGGUGGAUGCUGGAAGCGACUUCAUUGUUACCCAAAUGUUCUACGAUACAGACAACUUCAUCAGCUGGGUCCAGAAGUGCCGCGCCAAGGGCGUCAACGUGCCCAUCAUUCCUGGUAUCAUGCCGAUUCAGACAUAUGCUGCCUUCAUUAGGCGGGCGAACUGGACAAAGGCACAUAUCCCUCCCGAUUGGCUCGAGGCCCUCGAGCCAGUGAAGAACGAUGACGCAGGCGUACGGGAAAUCGGUAAACGCUUGAUCGCAGACAUGUGCAGGAGACUAAUUGCAUCUGGUAUCAAACAUCUGCACUUCUACACGAUGAACCUCGCCAAGUCGACAGAGCUCGUCCUCGAAGAACUGAAGCUUUCACCGACCGCCGAGGCUCCGAUCCAACGGCCUCUGCCAUGGAGGCCUUCGCUUGGCUUGAACCGGAGAGAGGAAGAUGUUCGCCCUAUUUUCUGGCGGAACCGCAACUCGUCAUACAUCGCCCGGACACAGAUUUGGGACGAAUUUCCCAAUGGUCGCUGGACGGACUCUAGAUCUCCAGCUUUCGGUGAACUGGAUGUCUACGGCAUAGGUAUCAAGGGUACCAACGAACAAAACAUCAAGCUCUGGGGCGAACCGAAGUCUCUUAGUGACCUCGCCGAUGUCUUCGUUCGCUUUCUCGAAGGCAAGCUGGACCGUCUUCCGUGGAGUGAUUCCCCAAUCACUGCGGAGACCAAUGCCCUCAAAGACCCCCUCAUCGAACUCAACAAGCGUGGCUUCUUCACCAUCAACUCCCAACCUGCUGUGAACGGCGUCAAGUCUGCUCACCCUGUUUAUGGAUGGGGCCCCAAGAACGGCUUCGUCUACCAGAAGGCCUACCUCGAACUUCUUGUUCCUGCAUACUUGAUUGACGAGCUGAUUGCCCGUAUCGAGAAGAAUGAAGAUUUCACCUACCAUGCUGUCAACAAGCAAGGAGAGCUGCGAACCAAUACCCGCGACAGUCCCAAUGCUCUUACAUGGGGUAUCUUUGCGGGCCGUGAAGUCGUCCAGCCGACCAUUGUUGAAACAGUCAGUUUUUUGGCCUGGAAGGAUGAGGCCUACCAGCUCGGUGAAGACUGGGCCAAGUGCCACGAUGCUACAAGCCCCAGCCGGAAGUUGCUGCAGGGCAUCGUGGACAGCUGGUACCUUGUCAACAUCGUGAACAACGAUUUCCACAAUACAAACGAUCUCUUCGAUUUGUUCAAGGACUUGAAUGUUAAAGACAUUGACGUUGAGAUCGCAGGCGAACCCAGCGAACCCAAAGUCCACUUGAAUGGAGCAACCAACGGCACAACCAACGGCACUGCUUCUGAACAACUCGCGAAGAACUAG